AUGCUUCCAACCAUGUCAGCAUCGCACCAUCUUCACUCCACUACUGGAGGAUCGCGCCUUUCGCGCUCGUCCGCCGCUGCUACAGGAUGCGCCGCGCCACCCGCCGCAUCACCCGCCGUACCACCCGCCGCAUCAUCCGCCGCACCGACCGCUGAUGACUCUUGCAGUGUGGGAGCGGUCCCGGCUGUCGCCGCCGCACCUUCCGCCGAUGCCUGCAGUCCGCGCGAAGGCUCUUUUUCUCCCCUAGGAAAGCGCGCCGAGUGCCGCCGCGCCCCACGGCACAGACACUCGCGCUCCUUUUCCGGAGACUUCCCCUCUUUUCAUGCCAUUGCGCCCAGGUCCCCCGCCCAUUCCGCCAUUCCCGCCUCCAACAGCCCUCUUAGCAGAAGGCCCCGCGAGGACCCCAUGGAAACCGCCGCUUAUCCCGGCGACGGGACGUGUUCUCCUGCUUCCCCCGCCCCCGGCGGAGAAUUUUCCGCCCGUAGCGGAGGCACAGCGAACGGCGCACGGCUUUCUGCGCAGCGAUGGUCGCUGCCGCCGGGAACGAGCGUCGACGGCGGAGUUGGUAUGGGGGAUUGUCCCCUCACGGGUGGAUUAAGCGGCAGUGGUCUUGCGAGCAACGGUGCUCCGGUCUCGCUCCUCCUUGCCCCUGCUGCUGCUGCUACUACUGCUGGAGAAGAUGCUAUAGGCGUUGUUGAGGGCUGCGCGGCGAAUUCUGCCGCUGCCGCGUCUCCUCCCGCGUCUCCCUCGUUACCAGUUUCUCCCGUCGACGACGGGCCUGCCGCUGCCUUCCUCGAAGCUUCCUGCAACCCGGCCGAUCCGCUAACUGAUGCCACGUCAGCAGCAGCUGAACCCAUGCAUUCUACCUCAGGUGCUGCCAAAGCUACCGUGGUCAGCAGGGCCAUCGCCACCGCGCGGUUCGCCACGUCAACAUCGACAGGCAGCAGCAGCGGCAGCCACGUGUCAAACAGCACGUGGACCACCGCCGUGACUAAUCUGAGUCACGAGUCGUCGAGCAGCGAGAGGGCGAGCAGCAGACUCAGCAGCGGGCUUGACGGCGGGGUUGACGGCGCUUUUGACGCCGGAAAUGGGGGUGAAUUUGUUCAGGGAUGUAACAGCGGGUUUGGCGGUGACACAUGGACGGGUGCCGAGUUGUCGUCAGCCGAGUCGUCUCCCCGCCUCUCUCCCUCGAGCCCGGGAUUUUUCUCGCCAUCCCGCCGGAGUUUCAGUCAUCAGCAAGAUCCGUUUCAGCACAAUUCGCUACAAGGCUUGUUGCUCGACGCAGGGGAUGAUGAGGUGGGAAAUGACACCGACGGGAUUGAGAUCGGGGCUGUGGAUUGGCACCACUCGCAUCGAUUCUAUAGCGAGUAUCAGCAGCCGCAGCACUACGGCCGGCAGCAGCAGCAGCAACCGCGCGGCCGUUACAGCGCGAGGCUGGGAGCUAUGCCGUUUGAGACUCGCAAUCAGGUGCAGCGCUGGGAAGGUAGGAAAAGUUCAGAUGAAGUCCAGGAGCAGGAUGAGAAUGAGGAUGAGGAGCAGUUGGAUGAGGAGGUGGAGCAGGAGAAAGAGCAGGGAGAGGAGCAGCUGCAAGCUGCGGGUGGGGAAGAGGCAUCAACAGCAGGGUCGACCGAAGAAGUUGGAGCAGAGUUGACGGCGGCAGCAGUAGCAGCAGGGACACGGGCUUUCGCGAGGACGAGGAAGUACAGAGAAGGAGCAUCGGGGGUUGUUUUCAUCCCUCCCUCUGACGCUCCCGAGGCGAUUCGGGCUCCAGACUCGCCUCGAGAACGCGCUCUCGCGAGGACGAGAAAGCUACGCGACGGAACCUCGGGAUUGGUUUUCGUCCCCGUUUCCGACCCCUUCGCGAGUGCGGACGAAAUUUGCUUUGUAAGCAGCAGCUCUCCUCCACCUGCUGUUACCGAGCUCCCAACCACCAAAACUUCCUGUGCAUCUGUUGCCCCAUGCCAUGUAAACCCCUCCCUUCCCAACACCCCUCCUCCCUUCAUCCCUUCUCCCUCAGCAGCACCUUCUGUGCUGUUUUCUCGUCUCUCCAUCUCUACUUCCUUCUCUUCUUCCGUAGCAUCUUUAUGCGGCUGCUCCUCGUGA